UGCAAAUGGACAAUUUAAGUUGUUUUUAAACCUUCGCUUCGGUGGGAAACUGGCCUCGUUUGACUCGGGAUAAAAAAUGUCACCCAGACGCAGUUGUAGCCUGGUUCUGCUCGUCGUGCUGAGCCUUGUCGUGUCCACCUACUGUAAGUUCCCCACUCUGGACCACCUCAAACCCAAAGCCAGUAACAAGGUCCAGGGCAGGGCAGUGGUGGGGCUGCUGAAGCGUCUUCUCGGGAACAGAUCCACGGAGUUCAUAGUGUCAGUCAACAAGAGCCUUUCUAAUGACAGCCUGGAUGUCUGCGAGCUCAGGUCCACGAAGAAUAAUAAAAUAGUGGCCACAGGGAGUUCAGGAGUGGCUGUGGCCUCUGGGAUUUACAACUAUCUGAAAUACUUCUGUAACUGCCAUGUUUCCUGGUCCGGGGACCAGCUGGAGCUCCCCCGACCUCUACCGAGACUCAGCGGCGUCCUGCGGAUCAACACCCAGCACAGGUUCCGGUAUUACCAAAACGUCUGCACAUUUAGCUAUUCUUCUGUGUGGUGGGACUGGCCAAGAUGGGAGAGGGAGAUCGACUGGAUGGCGCUCAAUGGAAUCAAUCUUCCUCUUGCUUUUACCGGUCAAGAGGCCGUGUGGCAAGAGGUUUAUCGAGCUCUUGGGCUGAACCAGUCAGAGAUCGAGGAGUUCUUCUCUGGCCCGGCGUUUCUUGCCUGGAACCGAAUGGGAAACAUGUUCAGGUUUGGAGGGCCUCUGCCACAGUCCUGGCAUGUGAACCAGCUCUACCUCCAGUUUAAAAUCCUGGAGCGGAUGAGAUCCUUUGGCAUGAUUCCUGUUCUGCCUGCUUUCUCUGGGAAUAUUCCAAAAGGAAUCCUCAGGUUGUAUCCAGAAGCCAACGUCACCAGACUGGGCCCUUGGUCUCAUUUCAACUGCAGCUUCUCCUGCUCCUACAUCCUAGACCCUCGAGACCCUCUUUUCCUCCACAUCGGCUCCCUCUAUUUGUCCCAGGUGGUGAAGCAGUUUGGUACGGACCACAUCUACAACACCGACACCUUCAACGAGAUGACCCCGCCAUCGUCCGACCCGGCCUACUUGUCUGCAGUCAGUCGUUCUGUCUUUGCCUCGAUGACAGCAGUCGAUCCUCAGGCAAUUUGGCUGAUGCAAGGCUGGCUGUUCUUCAGUGAUGCAGUUUUCUGGAAGCCAGCCCGGAUUCAGGCCCUGUUACACGGGGUGCCCCUCGGGAGGAUGAUCGUGCUGGACCUGUUUGCAGAGACAGAGCCAAUUUUCUCCUACACUGAGUCUUUCUAUGGACAGCCCUUCAUCUGGUGCAUGUUACAAAACUUUGGGGGCAACAGCGGGUUCUUUGGCACCGUGGAGAGCAUCAAUUCAGGGCCCUUUAAAGCCUUACAUUUUCCAAACUCCACUCUGGUGGGCAUUGGGAUGACUCCUGAGGGAAUAGAGCAGAAUCCAGUCAUGUACGAGUUGAUGACGGAGCUGGCUUGGCGGAAGGAGCCUGUCAACUUGUCCAACUGGGUGUCGCUGUACGCAGUACGGCGCUACGGCAGCUCUCACAGCAACCUGACUGCUGCAUGGAGGCUUCUGUUCUCCAGUGUCUACAACUGCACCGUGCCUCAUUACAAGAACCACAACCACAGCCCUCUGGUCCGCAGACCCUCCUUCCGCAUGAAUACUGAUCUCUGGUACGACCCUGCUGACUUGUACAAAGCCUGGAAGAUGAUGAUAGAAGCAGCUCCAUCCCUCAUUUCCAAGGAGACUUUCCGGUACGAUCUUGUGGACGUCACUCGGCAGGUUCUCCAAGUCUUGGCUACUUCCUACUACAAGGAUAUUGCAGAGGCCUUCCACAACCAGAAGCUGCCAGAGCUGCUGACAGCAGGCGGAGUUCUGGUGUAUGAUCUCUUACCGGAGCUUAAUCGCUUACUGAACAGUGACGCCAACUUUUUAUUAGGGACAUGGCUGGACCGAGCUCGAUCUUUAGCCCUAGACGAGAAGGAGGCAGAGCUCUACGACAUGAACGCGAGGAACCAGCUCACUCUGUGGGGUCCUAGCGGUGAGAUAAUCGACUAUGCAAACAAAGAAUGGGGAGGCCUCAUGGAGGACUACUAUGCCCAGCGGUGGGGGCUGUUUGUUCACACGCUAGUCGAGUGUCUGGACAGCGGACAACCGUUCAAGCAGGAUGCUUUUAACCAGGCGGUUUUCCAGGUAGAAAAGGGAUUCAUUUACAACAGCCAGAGAUACCCGACUAAGCCUCAUGGAGACACGUACGAGAUAGCACACAGAAUCUUCUUAAAGUACUACCCACAGGCCUUAAAGAGACUAUAGUGAGCGGAGACUACGCUUUGUAAAAACUUGUCACAAGUUGCAGCAAGAAGAAUGUCGUCCUCCACCUUUUUUCCUCCGGUUCUUCAUGGCCAUUCCAAAACAUUUUUUAAAUAGAAAAUGUUAAAGCCUGGGUUUUACAGGAACAAUGUUGCACUUUUAGUGAAGUCAGUAAUGGAUAGAUCUGUGUGGAUUUUCAUUUAACAUUCACAAUGACCAAAUAAGCCAUGUUAUAUAAGAGAAAGAAGGAAAAUUUAGACUGAAGACCCAUGCACACACCUUCACUUUUAGUCGUCCACCUGCUCUUGGAUCACUUGAACACACAUGAAGCUGCCUUAUUGAAUAUUGUACGUUUUUGAGGGAGUUUUUGAGCAAACCCAGAAUGCUCUCAGUCAUUUUCAUGGAUUAUAAUCACAAAUCUGGUACUUAUGGUGCAGAAAAAUCUAUCAAAAUUUUCCAAUAAUGUUUACAAUGUACACUGCAAGUGUGUACAAGACAGAUCUGCCUGAGAUGCCAUGUAAGCUUGGAUUACUUGGACACCAGGUCUCCCCUUUUCCCAGAGUCCCUCUGGAAAGCAUCUACCUGAUAAUGAACCACACAGCUUUAUGGCUUUUUUUCUAUUAGUUACAUCUGGUCAAAACCACAGCAGACGACAAUCCCUAGUCAGAACCCCCCUGAUAGCUUACCCAGCAGACCAGAGAGGGAAAGAUCACCCUUCCCACACAACACGCCACAGAAGAAUCUAACAAGAUAAUCUUUAGAACCAUUAGAUCCAUUAGAUAAUCUGGCUUUUUCUGACCUUGGUCAGAAGACAGGAAACAAACCGAAAGCAUUCAAGAUUACCUUGUAGUGUGUUCUUCACUUAAGUUGGGCAUUGCGACGUUUGAAAACUAUCAUGUUUGUUAGUUUAAAUUUCCUGGAAAUAUUGUGUUUUUUUCUAUUUAGAACAACAGUAUUGUUUGUUUAGUAGACACUGCACUAGUUAGAAUCUGAACAAGUUAGCUACAUCAUCAUAACCAAGCAGUGCUGAUGUUCAUGGUCUUUCAUGGCAACUUUAUUUAAAUUUCCUGCUGUUAUUGUUGGUGAGAUUGUGCCAUUGUACUGCAACAUUUUUAAUGAAUUGUGAAUAGCUGAAUCCUCUACAACUCAUGAUGCACCUUAGAAGAUAAUUUUCUAUCUUGUUGUUCAAAAAGGUUUUUCAGUCUUUGAUUUUAUUUUUAUACAUUUUCCAAUAAGUGCUGAACUGAGACAUCUCACAUGUACAGUGCAUUCAGAAAGUCUUAAGACCCUGUUCACCUUUUGUUAUCUUGCAGCCUGAUGCUGCAGCUGUUUAAAUUCAUUUUGUCUCUCAUUAAGCUAGAGAAGUUUAGAAAUGUUUGCAAAUUUAUCAAAAAGAUGGGGACUCUCGUUGCGUAGACCUUUUCAGGUCUUUCCAGAGAUGUUUGAUGGGGUUGAAGUCAGGGCUCUGGCUGGGCCACUCAAGGACCAAGGAUGUUCCUAAGCAUGUUUCCCUAUUCGGCUAACGCUCAUUUAAAUUUAGUUUAAUCAACUAGUCCAAAGAGUAGAAAAUCCCAAGAAAACAGUCAAACAGGGUCAUUGUGUCAACAGGUGUGGUGUUAGCCUGAUACUCUAUAGAGUGGCUAACAUUAAAGGCUAGCACUGCCAGACUUCUUACCUCUAUAUCUUCAUUUACUACUCUAAAAAACUGUCAUACCCUGCUGUUCCUACUACACGCUAACCGCUAUGCCUCCGCUAAGCUUCUCAUAUUUCCAUCCAGUGAAGUUUCAGAUUAACCUUGCAAAGCAGAUAGAUUCGCCCGUUUCUGUGUUUCUUACUAGUGAAUCCAUCUUGCAAAGCCCCCAUUUGAACAGUUUUGAUCCAGUUAGAAAGUGACAGGACCAAUCGGCGUCGAGGGGCAGCACUUUCGGGCGCAACAGAGUCGUGAUGUCAGCAAGCAGCGAUGAGAGGCCGCUGCAAUUAUUGCAGAAGAGAUUAAUGUGGCUGCUGCUAAAGCUCUAGUUUUAUUAGGACUUGACUUUUAACAUUCGUUAAAAUGUCUUUGUUAAAAGAAGUAAAAAGGACAGCAGUAAGUUGAAGAGUCCGACCGGAAGAGUCUAAUCAUCACGUGUUUUGUUGCUCUGAUUGGCCCGUAAAGAUGUGGCAGACAGAAUGUUCAUCCAAUCACCCUCCAAGUUUUUAUUCAAUUGCUCUGCCCUUUCCCAAAUGCAGUCUAUGGGAGGUUUCCCUGUCAGGUUAGUGCUAGACAGGAAGACAGCAACUAUAAGUGAAGCUACGGUGGCCUCUAGUGGCGGGAGGUUCAUAACAGUUUAAAAGAGCAUUGUAGACUAGGAUUUCAAGCCUGUGUUUAUAAAAAAUGAUAGGUUAUUAAUUUAACCGACUCGUUAAUCCAGCCCCACCUUUUUUGUUAACGACUUUUAGCAUUUUAGUUAAGGACAUUCACAGAGUCAUCCCUAAGCCACUUCUAUGCUGUCUUGGCUUUGUGCUUAGGGUUAUUGUUGUGUUGGAAGGUGAACCAUUGGCCCAGUCUGAGGUCCUGAGUGCUGCAGAACAGGUUUUUCACGGAAAAUAUCUCAAUGCUGAAAAGCACCCCUACAGCAUGAUGCUGCCACCACCGUGCUUCACUGUUCGGGUAGUAUUAGGCAGGUGAUGAGCGGUAACUUGUUUAGAAUUGAGGCCAAACAGCUCAAUCUGGGUUUCAUCAGACCGGAGGAUCUUGUUUAUUAAAGUCUGAGAGUCCUUUGGGUGCUUUUUUGCAAACUCAAAGUAGGCUUUCAUGUGUUUUGCACUGAGCACAAGUUUCCUUUUAGCCACUCUGCUAUAAAGGCCUGGGGCUGCAGAGAUGGUUGUCCUCCCAGAACUUUUCCCAUCACCACACAGGAUCUCUGGAGCUCAGUCAGAGCGACCAUCAGGUUCUUCGUCACCUCUCUUACUAAGGCCCUUCCCCCCGAUUGCUCAGUUUGGCUGGGUGACCAGCUCCUGGAAAAUUUCUGGUUGUGCAAAACUUCUUACAUUUGAGAAUUUUGCAGGCUACUGUGCUUUUGGGGAUCAGCGGGAUUUUUUUUGUAGCCUUCCCCAGAUCUGUGCCUUGCAACAAUCCUGUCUUUGAGCUCUGCAGGCAGUUCCUUUGACCUCAAGGCUUGGUUUACACUCUGAUAUUCAUUGCCUGCUGUGAAGCCUUCUAUAGAGAGUUGUAGCAUCAGGCUGCAACAAAACAAAAUUUUCUUUCUUUAUGCAAAACUUUCUUAAUGCACUGUAUGCCAUGUUUUAAAAAUAUGCAACAGAUUUUAAUAAUUUAAAGUGGAGUAGGGUCAGGCAUAAAAGGUACAAUAUGAAGCAUAUCUGCACUGGCAGGUUAAUUAAUUUAGAGAUAUCUGUGUGAACAUAUCCCUUAAACUAUGUCUGUGCCAAGAUGGCGUGUUAAGUGCAAAAUCUUGCCGAAUACGUCAUCAAAACCACAACCAUAUUGGAUAAAGUAUUACAAUACAAUACAAUACAAUACAAUACAAUACAAUAACUUUAUUUAUCCCCGCAGGGAAAUUCAAUUGUCUGGAGUCUCUCUCAUCUGUUCAUGGUAGAAUUAUAAAGUCGAAUUGCUAAUGGAAUGAAAUGAAUUAUUUAUUAUUAUUAGACUUAAAAUUAGAUGUGUUUCCUCAGUGCAUUACUGCUGUUUUAUUGUUUUAACAGGUAUUUGCGCAGCCACUUUUCUAGAUAUUUCUUUACUUUUGACUCUCUCAGCACUCUCGUGUUUACAAAGACAUGAAUGUCUCUGCUGGCACUAAUUUAUUCUUUAAACAGGAAAGUGAGCUAAUCUGACACACUAGAUCUUUUCAUUGUUUUGCUCAUUUUAUUGUUGCAAGCAAAUUAAAGCCACGUGUAGGAGAACUUAGUCAUUAGAAUUGUUUUAAGGCAGUUUCUCUUUAUUCUCAGCUUUUUGCAUUGUUCUAAAAAUGCACAUCAGCAAAUUAAACCUUCAUUUCCCCUUCAUGCCUGGCCCUAGCACUGAAAGUUGACUUUUUCAACCUUUUGGACUUAUUCUCCUCCUAUUUUUGUAAUUUAGUCCUUUAGUUAUAGCCCUAAUGAUCAUGUAUAGAUCAUGGAUGUUUGGGAAGGAUAGUUCUUUUAUCACAAAUGUAGUUUGAACAAAUAUUUUGCCAGGAUAAUUUUGAUUAUAGUUUUUAGCUGUCACUGUGUGAGCACAGCUUCUCUUCACAAUGUGCCAACCUUCACUCCAUGCUGCACAAUAUUUGUGUCCUCUUUAUAAAUGUGUUUUUUUGUAUUUUGAUUGAAUGAACUGUGAUUGAUAAUCUCAGGCAUGUCAUAAAAGUCUAAAGACUGUGACUAAUACAUGGAUUUUAUUCCACA